AUGAAGGCUAAUGCCUUGGUCAAAAUCGGUUUAUCCCAGAGAAUAUUCGGUGUUGGUCCCCAAGUAGCUGAAAAAUUAUGUUCCAAAGUUGGAAUCUAUCCUCAAAUGAGAAUGAGUGAAUUAACUGAAUCCCAAAUCUUAUCUAUAAAUAAAGAAUUAAAUAACUUGACUAUUGAAGGACAGUUGAAACAGAAAAUCAAUGAAAAUAUCCAAUUAAAGAGAUCUAUUGGUACUAUAGCUGGUAUGAGACAUGCUUCAGGAUUACCAGUUAGAGGUCAAAAGACCCAAAAUAAUAGUUCUACCGCCAGAAAAUUGAAUCAUUUGAACAGACAUGUAUAG